ACUUUCCUGUCACACUUCUGGGGAUGUCAGCUCACCCAAAAGGCAAACCGAGCAUGGGCGCUAACAUCACUCAUCUCACAGGAGGAAACUGAGGCCUGGGGACGGGGUGCCUGCCUCCAAAGAUCACACACCAGUGAAUGCAGAGAGAGAGCGGCCACCACAGUUCCGUUGCCCCACACCUGUGCACUCAGCCUGAGGACCCAGCACAGCUCAGGAAGGAAGCACAGGAUUGGAGGACACACAGGGCCCUCCCACGGUGCAGAGGCUUGGCGGGGAGGCGUCUGCGCCCUGCAGCCUGCUCUCCAGUCCUGGUGAGACUCCAGUGCCUAAGCUGCUGACACUGAGGCAGGCCGCUCACUACCUCACUUCCCACUACCUCACUUCCGCUCAGGCUGAGCUGCAGGGCCUCUCGUCCACUGCCUGUCCCCAGAGGCUCCUCCCACUGGGCCCCGAGGUGCCCAGUGACAAGCAGAAGAUGCCUCCAGAAGAAGACUGACAACACAGGGUUGUCCCUUCACCAGGGGACAGGGUAUAUGGCAGGCAGAGGGCACAGCAGCAGGCUUCAGAGCAGAGUGUGUGCUCCCCUUACCAGCAGGAACCGUGGGUGUCUGUGCCAGUCUGUCUUUGGCAAGUGUUGAGCAAUGGAGGGAAGGCUGGAUGAACAGAGAGCAUGCCCCAGUCUCACAGCAGCCCCCGACAGCUGAGGGAGCCUUGUGUGGACCCGGAGAAACUACUUGUGGGCCAGGCAGUGACAACCAGGACACAGGGUGCCGGGGGCAGGUGCCUCGUGUGCACAAGAAGCAAGACCCGAAGGCUCCACACAGAGCCCUACCGCGUGCUAAUCUGGAAAUGUCCAAGUUGCACGACAUAAAGCAGGCAAAUGGCUGCUGGGGCUGGACGCCAAGGGCGAUCAGUGAGGGAGCUGUGUCGAGCGAGGGCCGUGACCAGAUCCAAGCUUGGGGUGGACUGGAGGAAGGGGAGCUGAGGAACGGUCAAGGCUACAGAGAAGCCCUGGACAUAGAGUGCCCGGAGAGGGGCAGACGGCUGGGUGAAGAGUGGUUUGUGGGAGAUUUGGCAGCAGAGGGCUCCAGUGGCCAUGUCACGGAGAAUAUGUUGGUCGAGGGGCCAGGUGGUCCCGUGGACAGACGAGGUGCUGGCGAGGUCUGGAAGCAUGUGACCCUGGGCUCCCAAGAAGGGCUAGACCCUCCUGACCUUAACAAAGACAGGGCUGCAGAGACUGAAAGAGAUAGAUACGAUGAGGGGCCCGAGGGCCCAUGGGGAGUAGCAGCGGCUGGUCAGCGGCGGCACCGCAAACAUCCCAACACACCUCAGACUCAUCAAAGUCAAGUCCAGGAUGGCAUCACAGGGCCAAGCAUGGUCACCUUCCUGCUGCUCAGGACACCCAGAGAGAACUGUCCUCCAGGUCCGACAGCUCUCCUGAAGAUGGACCGUCACAACAUGUCCUGGAUCCGCUACCCUAGCCAUGUGUCCCCAGCUGUGGAGGACGUCAUUGCAGCACAGAGCAUCAUUUCUAGGUUCGUGCAGGUGUAUGUAGCAGUGUUUGUCCCGCUGGGCCUAGUGUCGGGGCUCUUCAGUCUCAUCGUGUUCAUCCAGGACCGCACUAGGCUGGGGGUGCUGGACAGGCUCCUUGCAGGCCUCACAGUCACUGGCAUCUUUGCGACUCUACUGUCCCUCAAUGCUGCUGGCCGGCCUGAUUACGUGUCCACGACCAACCUGGGCUGUGGGGCACUCUCAUUCUUCUCCAACGUCUGCUACUUUACAGCUCAGUACCUGCAGGGGGCCAUGCUCGUCCUAUCUCUUCUGCCGGGAUCUUCAGGCUACCAGCUCUUGGUGAGGCCUGUGGCAAGCCUAGCUGCCAUCGGGGGCUGUGCAGUGUGUAGCUCGCUCAUCGUGGUGUCCCUGCUGGGCACAUCUGGGGAGCUGCACACAACCACCCUGUGCCAGGUGGAUCCACUGACUGCAUGGCCGGAAUACGAGAUUGUCAAGUUCAGCCUAGGCUUCGCAUUUGCCUUGAGCUUCCAGAUGGUUCUCUUCCUCCUGUAUGCUACACAGCCAGCCUGGCGGGUGGCUCCUGCUCCGAAGGACACAGCCUCUGGGCGCUGGGUGGUACUGGCCGUGGCUCUCAACAUGUUUGCCUGUAGACUCUUCUAUAAUGCGAUCCUCCUGCAUCGGGCCCAGCUGAAGCUUUGGAAGGAUGUGGGCUCCCCCAGAGAUGAGCUGUUCAUGAACCUCGCAGAGCUGGCCCUGUCUGUAGAGAGCUGCAUCAACUUGGUGGCCACCCUCCUCCUCCACCCACGGUGCAGGCUCAGGUUGCUGGGCCUCCACGAACGCCUCACACAGAGAUGUAGGCGGGGAGCGGACAACAGCAUGCCCUUGAACAGAGUAGGGGGCUAGACAGGGCCUGCCUGCUGGCACAAGCCACACCCCUUCCUGGUGUUCAGGGAAGAGUGCCUUUCUAGGGAGCCUGGACAGGGUUCACAUGGUCUGGAUAGUGUUUAACAAACACGAACUUGCCUUCGGUCACCUCAACCUAUGCAAAACAAGACAGUUUCUCUUUUCAAAUCAACAGAUGCACCUUGAGGAACAUUCAAGUCAAGGACACAAAGGCAUGGGUACAGAAGCUGACCAGAGACCAUGGGUCUGCUGGAAGGUGUCCUGACUAUAAUGGCCAUGUGUGCCUGCUGGCUGCCAUCCUCCAUUCCAUAGCCCAGACCGAUGACACAGGAAGGGCACUGUGGAAAUAAACAGUGCAUAACUUG